CGUCAGACUCGUGGUUUUAUAGCGGGUUAUCGAGCGAGAGGGAGAGGAAGAGAGGCUGAGAGAGGAUGAAUGGCGGCAGGACGUUCAAUCUCUUGCAGCAAUGGCGGAUUCCUCCUGGUCAAUCGUUGAGCGGGAGAAGGGAGAGAUUGGGUUAUCAGAUUCUCAAGGGCCAUUUUUUUCCAGUGAAAGUGUGGAAUUGUUGUUCCUUUCGCUGUUGUCAGGAGUUGCAAUCUAAUGUUGGUGAUGUUGUGGAAAAUUCAUCUGCCUUUGGAUCUGAUAUUGCUCUCAAAAUUGGCACCCCGGGAAAACCUGCACAAAAUCAUAAAAGCCUUGGAGCAUUUCAGAUGCUACCAAUCGUUAUGCCUUCAAUUGAUAUUCUUGCUUCAGCCAAGAGAAAAGCAAGAAAUGUACCUCCUACCAGAGGGAUUGCAAACCUUGCAAAACGAGAGAGGAACAAAGGUGCAAAACAGCUGGAUGCGUUGAUGAAAGAAUUAGCUGUUCCUUUGAGACAAUAUACGGAGAACUUCCCUAACAAACAAUACCUGCAUCCAUAUGAGCGGUCCCUUAUUGAGCUAACUCUUGGAGAUGGUAACUAUGAGGAGGUAUUAAGGAGAGUUGAUUCACUUAGGAAGAAAAUUGUAUCUAUUGGAAAGCAACAAGCAUCUCUUUGCGCGCAGUCCAUGUCAAAGCGUGAAGCAGAAGAGCGGCUAAACGAGGGUUUAAAGAAGAUUGAGGAAGUAUUCCAUAUUGGGAGUAAUGCUGUAGAGGAUUUGUUGCAUGUUGCAAAGACAUUGCGUGCUAUGCCAGUUGUAGAUUUAGAAAAACCAACACUCUGUCUUGUUGGAGCACCAAAUGUGGGGAAAUCAUCAUUAGUUCGAAUACUUUCAACGGGGAAGCCAGAGGUUUGCAACUACCCUUUUACAACUAGAGGUAUUCUCAUGGGUCACAUUGUUUUGAAUUAUGAGCGCUUUCAGGUUACUGAUACUCCUGGACUUCUUAUGAGGCAUGACGAGGACAGGAAUAAUCUAGAAAGAUUAACACUCGCCGUGCUCUCUCAUUUGCCAACUGCUGUAUUAUAUGUCCAUGACCUCUCUGGAGAAUGUGGGACCUCACCUGAUGAUCAGUUUACCACAUACAAAGAGAUGAAGGAGAGAUUCAGCAAUCAUCUUUGGCUUGAUGUUGUUUCCAAGUGUGAUUUGCUGCAAGUUUCCCCAGCAAGCAACCUUCAAGAUGAUAUGGAAAAAUACAAAAGCUUUGGACCUGAGGGAGCCAUCCGAGUUUCGGUCAAAAGUGAAUUUGGUCUUCCAGAGCUCAAGGAAAGAGUCCAUGGCAUGUUGAUCUCUCAAAUGGCGAAAAUCAGAAAUGAGACAAACAGCAAAGAGAGCUAAGGCAUCGAUCACAUAUGGAAUUAGUGUUGAAAUUACUUCAUAAAUCAAGCAUUCGGAACAAAGCAGUUGGUCAUCGAUGAAACCAGGUUCUGCGUCAUCUCUAUCUAUAACUUCGCCAAUAAUUUAUUUCAAGCUUUAUAAGUUGAAUGCUUUAGAGACUGGCGUGUUACAAUGGUGUUUGCAUAAACAUUUGACUUUUUGAAGGGGAAUCCAUCUCUCGCUUUCAGAGAA